GGAAAUUUAAAUCCGUUGAGUGGUGAACUAUCUUUUUCCCUAAAUUUGUCUUAGUGCUAAAGAAUUGUUAUCGAAUUGUGGUAUUUAAAAAAUGGGUAGAUAUUUGCAGAAAUUUCUUUUACUUUUUUGGAAGAAUAGUCUCUUACAAUGGAGAGAACCGAAGGACACACUUUGCGAUAUCUUAAGUCCCAUUCUAUUCGCUGCUUUCGUAAUAUUGCUACGAGUACUUAUUAUUCCAGUAAAACAUGAUGCCAUACAAUUUACGGAGUUCUCGCCAGUUAUAAUUCUCCCGGUUAAUGCACCAGAAAAGAUAAGUGCUUCUAUUUUCUCUAUUUUCUGGGCACCAUGUGGAAAUGGCGAAUUAAAUAGUAUUAUGACUGCUAUCGGUAAGAAAUAUUCCCCACUGUCUCAAUUGUGCGUUGAUAACUCCGGUGAAUUAGAACGAACAUUAGAACUGUAUAGACCAGUUGUAUUUGCAGCUGUUCAGUUUGAUGACCUGCUAAAUGGAAAGGAUGUUAUUACGGAAAAAAUGGAAAUUAUUAUAAGAUUUCCAGGAGAAUUACGAACCAACGGAAGUAACGCUACAAACACAAACGAAUGGUUCACACAUUUAACAUUUUCGCAACACAAAAUGCCUGGGCCCAGAGACUUUGCAAAUAACUUUGGUGCAAUACCGAAUUACUACUUCGAAGGUUUUUUAAGCUUACAACACGACAUUUCUAUGGAAAUUAUUAGCACGCACAUGAAACGAGAAAAAGUCAGCGAUCGUAAUCUUCCAACAAUUUUUAUGCAAAGUCAUAUGGUGACUGUACUUACUACUGAAAAAGAAACACAGGUAAAGGAAGCAAUGAAAAUCAUGGGAUUACCAAAUUGGUUACAUUGGAUGGCAUGGUCCUUCAACAUGCUUAUCUUACUUAUUAUUUCUAUUGCUUUAAUGGUGGUAAUAUGGAAGGUUUCUUGGAGAAGCGAUUCUGGUUUUAGCGUCAUUACAUUCAGCGAUGCAUCAGUACUGUUUGUGUUGCUCUUAUGUUUUAUUUGCUCUCUUAUAGCAUUCUGUUUUUUAAUGAGUGUUUUUUUUAAAAAAGCUACUACUGCAACUGCUCUUGCUUCAACGGUCUACCUAUUAACUUUAGCACCAUACUAUUUGGUUGAAAUGUACUUCGAUAUUUCGAAUUUAUUUAUAAAACUUAUAGCUAUGCUUGGAUGUGGCAGCGCAUUAGGUUACGGUAUUCUAUUAUUUAGAAUCUUUGAAGGAUUAGGAACAGGAUUACAAUGGAAUUCUCUUUUCUGUGCAGUUAGUGCAAAUGAUUCAUUAACAUUAGGUCAUGUUAUUAUUAUGUUGAUAAUAGAUACAAUAAUCUACUUUUUAAUUGCUGUCUAUGUCGAAUCAGUUUUUCCUGGAGAAUAUGGGGUAGGUCAACGUUGGUAUUAUCCGUGUACAGCUUCUUAUUGCUGUGGUCAAACUUACGCAGAUCAUGAAGAUCAAGCGGAUAGAAUAGAUGGAACGGAUACUUACGAAAAUGAACCGAUUAAUUUAAAACCCGGCGUUAAAAUUAAACAUUUAAGAAAGGUGUAUAAAAAUAAUAACGUGGCGAUCAGCGAUUUAUCUCUGAAUAUGUAUGAAAAUCAAAUUACGAUUUUAGUUGGUCAUAACGGUGCUGGAAAAACAACAGCUUUGUCGAUGUUAACCGGGAUGAUAACUCCAACUUCUGGUACUGCGGUAAUAAACGGUCAUGAUAUAAGAACUAAUAUGAAUAAUAUUCGUGAAAGUAUGGGAUAUUGUCCGCAAAAGAAUAUUUUUUUUAAUGAGUUAACUGUGAGAGAACAUUUUUAUUUCUUCCUUAAGGCGAAAGGAAUAGUGAAUAAGCAAGAAGUCGAAAAUGAAAUUAAAAAGUAUAUUAAUCUUUUGGAAUUAACUGCGAAGACUAAUGCAAAAUCAAAAACGUUAUCUGGAGGAAUGAAAAGAAAACUGUGUGUUGGAAUUGCAUUAUGUGGUAACUCAAAGGUGUGUGUGUUCGAUGAACCAACAGCUGGUAUGGAUCCAGCUGCCAGAAGAUCCGUGUGGGAUCUCUUGCAUCAACAAAAAAGCGAAAGAACUAUUUUAUUAAGUACACAUUUUAUGGACGAAGCUGACGUAUUGGGUGAUAGAAUUGCAAUCAUGGCAGGUGGUCAAUUACAAUGCUGCGGAACAAGCUUCUUUCUCAAAAAAAAAUACGGUGCUGGUUAUUAUCUGGUGAUGGAAAAGAAGCCAAAAUGCGAUGUAAACGCGGUGACCAAACUUCUAAAAAAAUACAUUCCAACUACUAAAGUAGAAACCGAUGUUGGGUCAGAAUUAACGUAUCUUUUACCUAAAGAAUACUCCUCAGUCUUUCAAGGAAUGUUACGCGACUUCGAAAAUCAAGCCGAUAAACUUGGAAUUGUUACGUUUGGUGUAUCAUUAACAUCGAUGGAAGAAGUAUUUAUGAAAACUGGUAUCGAGCAUAAACUUCAAGAAGAUACAACCGAAAAUAUUAAUGACGAUACUGAUGAAAUGAAACAGACCUCGAAUACCACCGGGGAUGUAAGUGAUAUACACAUGGUAACUGGGUUUCGAUUAAAAAUAAAUCAAACGAGAGCUAUGAUAAUGAAGAAAUUUUACGCAACAUGUAGAGCUUGGUUUAUGUUUAUACUUCAAUAUUUUAUUCUGUUAGCUCCCUGCGUAAUUUAUAUUGUAACAACGCUAAGUAAGGCUAGCUAUCUACAUCCAGCAAGAUUAGACUUAUCAUUAGAUGCGUAUGAUAAUUCUACAACUCCUGUUGCUACUAAGGAUAUAAAUGACCCCUUUUACAAAAGAUAUAAAAAUAUUUUGGAGAAAGAGGGCCGACACAUACUAGAUUGGGGCGAAGAAAAUUUCAAUGCAAACUUAUUAAAACUGGCGAGUUAUACUAUUAAUAUUUGGUUAGAAGGUUAUCUCGCAGCAUUGAUUAUGCAGAUGGUGAUGAUGCAUUAUGAGGAGAAAGUUCAAAAUUUGCAUUGGAUUUUACUUUUUCUACCUACUUACGGUAUUAUAAGUGGUAUUAAUGAUAUGCAUAGCAAAUAUUCCAUUAAUGCAGUUUGUACUCGAUGGGAUGAGAUGAAGAAAGGUUUGAGUUGUAGUAUUGCUCCGAAUAUGUGUUGUGAUAAUGACGAACACUAUUUGGGAUGGGAUAAAAAAGGAAUUGGAAGGCACCUUACUUACUUAUCAAUAACAGCAAUUGUUCUAAUUUUUAUAUUGAUGUUAAUUGAAUAUAAAUUAUUUCAAAAAUUAUCAAGUAAGGUGAAUAAAAGUUGGACACGAAUUCUUCAGUCUGAUGAGGCAGAGGACGCUGAUGUUUUAGAAGAAAGGAGAAAAGUAAGAAAUGGGGAGAUUGAUAAGCAGGAUUACAGCGUUGUUUUAAAAGAUGUUUCAAAAUGCUACGGACGGAUUUUUGUUGUUAACCAGCUGUGUUUGGGUAUUAAAGGAGGUGAAUGUUUUGGGUUACUCGGAGUUAACGGUGCUGGUAAAACAACUACGUUUAAAAUGAUGACCGGUGAUAUUCCAAUAACUCACGGAGAUGCUUGGAUUUAUGGGGAAAACGUUAAAAUCAAUAUGAAAAAGGUUCAGAAACAUAUUGGGUACUGUCCCCAAUUUGAUGCUUUAUUAGAAAAUUUCACGGGCAAGCAAACUCUUAUUAUAUACUGUUUAUUGAGAGGAAUCACCUUUAAAGACAGCAAAAAUGUUAUAGAAAACUUAGCUAAAGACUACGAUUUUUAUAAACACCUCAAUAAGCAAAUCCGAGAAUAUAGCGGUGGUAAUAAAAGAAAAUUAAGCGCGGCCAUUGCUUUGAUAGGAAAUCCUCCGAUUGUAUUUUUGGACGAACCAACCACUGGUAUGGAUCCUGCAACAAGACGCAACGUCUGGAACGCACUAUGUCGUACCCGAGAUGGUGGAAAUUGCUUAAUAUUAACCACACAUAGCAUGGAAGAGUGUGAAGCUUUAUGCACAAGAUUGGCCAUUAUGGUAAACGGAUCGUUUAAAUGUCUUGGUACCAGUCAACAUUUAAAGAAUAAAUUUUCGCAAGGUUACACUUUAAUUAUAAAGGUUCAAAAGACCGAUGCGACAGUUGAGCUCAAAGAGACAGAAAUGCGGCGGGUGGGGGAGUUUGUAAAGAGCAAUUUUCCUUCGGCCGUUUUAAGUGAAAGUCAUCAAGAGUUAAUGACUUAUUACAUCCCUGAUACGAAAGGUUUAAAGUGGUCGGAAAUGUUUGGAAAAAUGGAGAAAGCAAAGGAAUCAUUGAAUAUUUCGGACUACACUUUAGGUCAAUCGAGUUUAGAACAAGUGUUUUUAUCUUUCACGAAAUUCCAACGUCAAGAGUAAUGUUGCGAAAUGAUUCAAAUUCUCAUAAAAAAUGUAGCAAAAAGAAGAUAAAUAUAUUUUUAAAAAAAUUGUAACGUCCA